AAGCAAAAUGGUGGUGAAACCGACGGUAGCUUUGAGAGGUAUCUUGGUAGGUGGAGUGGCGAUAUUUGCCAAAGUUGCAGGUGCCAUGAAGGCAGCUGGAGGUGUUAAGCUCGGUGCAGCCGCUACAGCCAUGACCGUGGCUGCAACUGCAGCUGUGUCUGGAUCUAAGCAAGAUCAAAAGGGAGAUCCCUCCAAGGCACCACCACCUUCUAAAUGAGUAUCAUCCAUCUAUGUUGUAUUCUUCCUUAACCAAAUCAAUAAAAAGAGAAAACUUCAUGCUUGUUUUUGAAAGGUUCUUUGGAGUUUUUUCAUUCUGGACAUUGUUAUGAUAUUGAAUAUGUUACGAAGUCUUACAACUU